AUGAGACGAACUCCCAGUUUUAGAGACGGUGCUGUCACGAAAUAUUUGGAAGACAUCAGUCUUCAAAGGUGGGCACGGGUUUAUCAAAUAGAACGAAGAUAUGAUAACAUGACAUCCAACAGUGUAGAGUGUUUCAAUUCCUUAACUAAAGAGUAUCGACUAAUGCCCAUAGUAUGCUUUAUUGAACAUGUUAGAGGAAUGCUCCAAUCGUGGUUCUACGAACGGAGGAAUUACUGGGCAUCUCGUACGAUAUUGCACUCUGACUACUGUGAAACCCGAUUGGCAAGUGAAGCCGAUAAGGGCAGACGAUAUCAGGUGGAGCCUAUUGAUUGUUAUCAAGUACACGUGCGAGAUAAUCGAUUGGACGAUAUUGUCAAUCUUCACACGAAGGAAUGCACUUGUAAGGAAUUCGACUCACUUGGUAUCCCGUGUUCCCAUGCAAUUGUUGUUGCCAAGGAAAGAAAUAUACCCAUCCACAGACUUUGCAAUCGAUUUUAUAUAGUGGACUCUCUAAUGACUGCGUAUGCGGAGCCUAUAAAUCCACUUGGCCACAUAUCUGAAUGA